UGCGGCGCCCCCACACACAGGUGUAUACCAGGGGCGCAGGCAGGCGGGCAGGUGUGAUGGAAUGCAACGCCACUUUCACUCAUCUCAGUAUACCUGGGAUGUUUUAUUAAUGAGGGGAACAUGUUUGCGUGUAUCCAGUGUGUCGCCUUCCCUGAGGACUAGAGGCACCCACACAAGACCUCGCUGAUGUGGCUGUGAGGCGCGGCAGCCCUGAGGGAGCACCAUGGACAGCCUCCACCUGCGCCUCCUCAGCAUCUGGGAUGAGGUGGUGGAGAACUGGCACUUCCUGUCCGACCUGGUGACGGCACGGCUCCCAAAGCGGCACAAUUCAGUUGGCGUGGCUACCGGUGACCUCAGCCAUGACUCAGAUGGGCGGGUGUGGGUGGAGGUGGGCGGGCCGGGGCUGAGGCUGCGGGUGAUCCACCUUCACCCGGCCAACCCGGCCCUUGCUGAGCUGCUGGCCACCCGGGCCACGGAGGCAAGGCAGAGUGACCAGGAGGAUGCCUUCAAGCUGCCAGCCGAUGAUGAGAUCUCCCUGGCCUCGCUGGAGGACUACUGGUUCAACCACUGGGAGGGGCCCUUCGUCACUGCCGACUCCAACCAGAACACCGUCAACUUCAGGAGGUCCAGAAGGAGCUUAAGGAAAUCAAAGAGAAAGUUCCGAUGUUCAGUCUGUAAUAGGAAGGUUGUGGGCGCUGACGGCCUCCACGAUGACGGCCAGGACCCUCAGUGCUUUGAGCGGGAGAACGUCCUGGCCCACGUCCCGUCCGUCAAGCUGGAGACAAUGAGCCCAAAGCUUGAGGACCCCGCUGGAGGGAGCUCGGAUGAGGAGGGCACCAAGCCAACCAUCAGUGAGGAACUACUCUCCAGGUAUAGUGCCAGUGAUGAGCAGCUGGCCCGGGCCCACCGAGUGCUGGACCAUGAGUUGCGGACCAGCUUCACGCUCUUCGCCGAGGAGGCCGUCACCCAGGACGUCAUAGAUGGGGUCAGCAUGAGUGUUGACGAUGGAAGCAGCUCCCCUGAUGCCUCCCAGCGCUUAGCUCCCCCGGUCUACAGCCCGAGGCAGUCAAGGUCUUGUCCCUGCAGUCCAAAACUCUCAAGUCGUAACCACAGCCCCAAGUCUAAUGCCGGGAGCCCAAAGCCACAGUCCAGGUCUGGCAGCUCUAAAUUCUCCCUCAGCAGUUCCCUGAUGGCAAUACACAGGCAAGCCUCAAACUCCUUAAGGACAGACUUUUUGAAAUUUGACUCCGGAAAGAGUGACUUUGGUGGCUCCAAGAGUGACUCCCAGCAGAGCAGUCUGAGGAACGAACUGCGCUACACAAAGUCAAGUGCAGAUGCGCAGAUGGGAAACUUUGACACAUCCCUCGCUGAACAGUCCACCAGCGACAGCCAGCAGGAGACACCCAAGAACGCCUUACACGAGAGCCAUUCCUUGCCCACGCUGAAGCUAGCAAAGAUGUCCAUGACCUACAAGGGUGGUGUUGUGGUGAACCAUGAGAGGGAAGCAAACUUUGGCCAAUACUCAGACACAACCAAGCUUAUCACCGAGGGAGCGUGUGCCCUUCCCUCCACUCCUGAAGAUACUCCCAUGCCUGAGGGGCUCCCAGGGUCACCUCAGCUCCUCCCUGAUGUGGUUCCGAGAUACGGGGCGACAUCCUCCCCCUUGAGCCAAAUACUGGAGUCAAAACCAACAUUCUCAGUCUCAUCAUCACCAGAUAGCUACGGAGCAUGCGGCUUUGACCAGAGGGAAGGGAUCAUCAACCUCGGAUUUGACGGGCAUGAGGAGAGUUCAGACUUUGCUGAUUUAAAUGAGUUCUACAGUACAAAAGGGAAGUCGGAACACAGCCCGUCAUUGUGGAGGAGGCGAGGCUCAGGGGACAGCGACAUUGACAUAGGGAAGAGCAACAUACAGAUGAACAUUGGCUCGGUCCACGCCAUUUCCAUCGGCCACUCCCCACAGGGUCAGGAUGUCGCCUUGUCCCUGGAGGUGCCCCCUGUGCAGAAUCAAGACCAAGGUGGUAAGGGUGCCAGUAAUGGGUGUGAGAACAGUGACAACGCCUCCUGCAGCAGUGCCACCACAGCCUCCACCGCCAGCCCCUCCGCCUCCCCACACAUUAACUCAGCGGACGGGCUGCCCACCGCCGCCCACCGCAUAAUAGAGGAGGCGGAUGAGGAGGAAGAGUCUAUGCCCUAUGACCACAUGCACGUGGCGCGCCAGAUGGUGUUCUGGUGGCAGAAACCAAACACCAGCAAUGACGAGUUUUGUCAGAACAGUGAGUGCAAAGUGAAGCAAAAGCCCCUGUUGCUCUUCCUUCACGGCAUGGGGAGCAGCAGCGACCACUGGCGGCGGCAACUGUGGUACUUCGUCACACGCGGCUACGAGGUUGUAGCGCCAGACCUGAUGGGCCACGGGUUGAGCUCUGCCCCAAAGGACGCCGAGCACUACACCUUCUCACAGAUGCUGGACCAGAUCACCCUCGUCUUUGACCUGUUCGUUCCGCAGGGCCGCAAGUGUGUCGUGAUUGGGCACGGCUAUGGGUGUUCCUUGGCCGCAGCGCUGGCGAGGGGCCGAGUGUCAUCUGUGCGUCUGGUGAUCCUGGCCAGCUGUGGAGGACCCAGCCCACUCAUCCCCAACCCGCCCAACAAGUCCUUCCUCCACUCACGCCUCGCCACCUUCCUCAGUCCCUUCUUGGCAUGUGGCUGCUGCAGCCGUGAGAUCCUGCACACCCCACGCGGGAAGCACUUUGCCGUGAACGCACUCUCUGGCUCCUCCAUCACCCCAACGCCUCGCUACGUGCUGGAAAACGUGGCUCGAGGACAAAACUGGCCCGAGGGUGAUGUUGCCUUCCACCGGCGGAUCACUGUGCCCACGCUGCUGCUCCACGGCAUGAAGGAUGACCGCGUGACCCUGGUGGAGAUGUGUGAGAUGGAGAGGACCAUUCCCCGGGCCUUCCUGGAGAUGGUCCCCGGCGGAGGCCAUGACCUGAUGCUGGACGCCCCCGUGGAGGUGAGCCAAGCCGUCCACCGCUUCAUCAAGAGGUGGAACCGCCAGAUGUAGCUCCCGGGCUGAGAGGGAGCCGGCAGAAUGCAGGAUAAGGUGUACUCAGCUCGUAGUUGUCUGUUUUCUGUCCUCUCAUUUGCUCAAGUUACUGUUACUGUUGCUUCGUGGUCGGAAGUUGCAUCACAAUUGUAUUACAUCUUUCUAUAUUUACGUCGCUGCCUGUUGCGCCGGUAGGCAUCUUCCUGGUGGGGGCUGAUGGUCGGCCCAAGGCUUCUUCCAGGUGGGGCCUGAUGGUCGGUCCAGCCCGUUCUGGCGCAGGCGAGUGUUUAUAGUGGCGCCAUCUUGCAUUGGCUCAUGCUGCCCCCCGGAACUCGUUCUUGAUUCGCUUGGACGGCUUCCGCUAGAGUCCGGGUUGAUGGGUGGUCUUCAGGAUAGCAUGUGGGUAGUUUUAAGCCACUCGGCGGUGACUGAAAAACCCGAGUGGUAGCGUGGGGAUUCGAACCCGCGCCGUCCAUCACGCGGUGAAUGUGAGCCCAGUACGCUACCACUUCGGCCACCGCCUACCCAUGACUAAUUAUAACUCUUUUGAUCCUUUUAACAACAUUCUGGACUAUGUACAUGUAUAUAAUUGUUAUAAUGUUACUGAGCUGUCAUCAUGGGCAGCGUUAUGAUUCACAAAGGAAUGCUGUAGAGCAGAGCGGCAGAUAUCAUUUACUCGAAUCUUAAAAAUUCACGGAGCAAGAGUUUGCGCACCACUUUUUUUUUUCUUGCAUAUGAUCCUUACUCAUGUAAGUAACCCUUCUGUGCUACUUUGAUAAUACUCAUGUAUGAACUCUUAAUGCUUUAAUGAGGUAUGACUCAACUUGUACCUUUUUCUUAGUACUUACACUCAAGAAGAGUUUUGUACUCAGUAUUAGCUUGUAGGGUUUUGCUGAACACACUCCUAAUGUCAUUCAUCAGUGGAGACAGGCCUCAGUCAGUCUGGUGGUUUAUGAGGAGUGUCAGAACAUCCCUUGAUUGGCUGUUACACCAAGGACACGGGGUGAGGGCCAGAGGAGUCAGCAGGGAGGGCGUGAGAGGGGUUUGAAAGAUUGUAAAACCUUUCGUUUAAUUAAUGGAGACUCACUGGUGCAGUUUUUCUUUUAAGUAAUAGUUUACUUUGAUAGUUUACUAUUAUUUCCUGUGCACAGUGCAUGCUGUUAUAUACAUUUAUGAUGCAUAUGGCUGGGUACCAAAUGGAAUAUAGAAUUUCUCCUUUUCAAACCUCUUGACAUUCAUUGCCAUCAUUGCUGCUAUUUUCAGCUGCAUUUUGAAACCAAAAGCACUGUCAUUUUCAGCAUCCUGUUGCUUUAUAAAAGAACUCUAUGUAAAGUUUUCAACAAGGGUCCACUCUGAUGUGUCAAUACUCAAUGCACUGGGACUGUUUUAGCUGUUUAUUGUUUGUGUACAUGUGAGUGAAGGUUACUUCGUCAGUACUCACAUUAGACACAUUGGCACUGUGCUGUGUCUCUUAUACAUGAAAAUGUAAAUUACUCUUCAGGUUC